AAUGGCAGACGAAACUGCCAGGUCGCUUCAAUAUGAGUACAAGGCUAACUCUAACCUUGUACUCCAAGCUGACCGGUCCUUGAUAGAGCGCCGAGGUAGGGAUGAGGCUACCGGCGAGGUUCUGUCCCUGGUCGGCAAACUUCACACCUCUAAAAUGGGUGAUAGGUUCAUGAGAACCACUGCUCCAGAAAUCUCCUCUGAGAAGGCAGCAAAGAGACAGAAAAGAGACGAAGAUGAGAAAGAACUCGCUGCUAUGGCAACUGGUUUACUUUCCACUGUAGAUGAGUCAGACUUCACUGGGCUAUCUUAUCAUCCCAAAACUAGAGAAACUAAAGGGGUGUUCGAGGUGGUUCUGAGUUUCGUCCAGUCGUAUAUCGGUGAGCAGCCUCGAGAUAUCCUCCUAGGGGCAGCUGAUGAGGUUCUGAUCAGUAUGAAGCAGAUGAACAAUUCCAAAGCGGAGAAAGUUGAUGAGAUUAAGGAGCUCCUGGGAGACGUUACCGAAGACAGGUAUUCAGUGCUAGAGAAUCUUGUGGAGAAGUUAACAGACUACGGUACAAAAGAGGACAAGACAGAAGAUGCUAUCGAUGAGAUGUACGGAGUAGCUGUUGUGUUUGACGAGGAUGAGGAUAAAGAUGCGCAACUCGACGAGGUUCAGGACGAAGCAGCAGGUUCGGAUGACGAACAGCCAAUGUUGGACACUGCGAAAGAUGGAGCUAAUCUGUCAGCUCUGGAAGGUAGUGAGGGUGGGUCUGCGGAGACUGUUAAGCCUAGCGAUGUUGAUGCCUUCUGGCUCCAGAGGGUCCUAAAUAAACACUACAAUGACGCUGAUAUUUCCCAGGAAAAAGCAGAGCGUGUGUUGAACAUUCUCAAAACCACAACAGACGACCGCGAGUGUGAAACAAAGCUGGUCCUGUUACUAGGAUACGAUCUCUUCAAUGUGAUCAAGUUAGUGCGACAGAACAAGCAGCUAAUCUUGUACUGCACACUGCGCGCACGUGCAGAGACGGAGAAAGAGCGUCACGAGAUCGAGGAGGAGAUGAGAUCCACGCCUGCUGGAUCUACAAUUCUAGACGAGCUGUUGGGUGAUAGCAGCAAGACAAAUGUCGUUAAAAGGCAGACGAAAAAAGAGGGAAAAAAAGAAGAGGAUGUAGAUAUGGACGAGGAUCUCUCCUCAGCGAUCAAACCCAAAGCUGUGCUCGACCUUAAAGAUUUGUCAUUCGAACAAGGCUCUCACCUGAUGGCAAAUAAGAAGUGCCUUCUACCAGACGGUAGUUUCCGUAAACAGAAAAAAGGAUACGAAGAAAUUCAUGUUCCAGCUUACAAGCCAAAACCAUUUUCUGACGGCGAGAAGCUAGUCAAAAUAGAGGAGUUACCAAGUUGGGCUCAAAAACCGUUCAGAAGAUUUUCGGCACUCAAUAGAAUACAAAGUCGACUGAAGGAGGCAGCGCUGGAGAGAGAUGAGAACCUGCUGAUUUGUGCUCCCACUGGUGCAGGUAAAACUAACAUAGCUGUUCUGACUAUGGUGCGGGAGAUCGGCAAACACAUGAACACAGACGGCACCAUCCGUAAAGACGAGUUUAAGAUUGUCUACAUCGCGCCCAUGAGAUCUCUGGUGCAAGAGAUGGUUGGCAAUUUUGGUAAAGCUCUCGAACCCUACGGGAUUCAAGUGAACGAGCUGACCGGAGAUCACAACCUCAGCCGGGAGCAGAUUAAUGAAACACAGGUUAUAGUCUGCACCCCGGAGAAAUGGGACAUUGUCACAAGGAAAGCCGGAGAAAGGACCUACACUCAGCUGGUGUCUCUCAUCAUCAUGGACGAGAUCCAUCUACUUCACGACGACAGAGGUCCGGUGUUGGAGUCCAUUGUGGCUCGUACCAUCAGGCAGAUAGAGAGUACUCAGGAGUUGGUUAGACUAGUCGGUCUAUCUGCUACAUUGCCCAAUUAUGAGGAUGUGGCCGCUUUCUUGAGAGUGAACCUCGAGACUGGGCUCCAUUACUUUGAUAAUAGCUUCCGACCUGUUCCUCUUGAUCAAACCUUCAUUGGAGUGACAGAGAAGAAGGCUGUUAAGAAAUGGAAGCUGGUGAAUGAUACGUUAUAUGAAAAGGUGAUGGAAAACGCAGGGAAACAUCAGGUUCUCGUGUUCGUCCAUUCUCGAAAAGAGACCGCCAAAACAGCCAAAGCAUUGAGAGACAUGGCGCUGGAGAAUGACACGAUCGGAAUGUUCCUAAGAGAGGGUUCUGCCAGCACUGAGGUAUUGAGAACUGAAGCGGAGGGAUGUAAGAGUCCUGAUCUGAAAGAUAUCCUGCCCUACGGAUUUGCUAUUCAUCACGCCGGCCUCACCAGGAUAGAUCGUACUUUAGUAGAGGAUCUGUUUGAUGACCGUCAUAUUCAGGUUCUAGUGUCCACCUCGACCCUAGCUUGGGGAGUGAAUCUGCCUGCUCACACUGUCAUCAUCAAAGGAACCCAGAUCUACAGUCCUGAGAAGGGUAAAUGGGUAGAGUUAGGAGCUCUAGAUAUCCUGCAGAUGUUCGGACGAGCUGGGCGACCUCAGCACGACUCCAGAGGUCAGGGAACAUUGAUCACAAGUCAUAAUGAGCUGCAGUACUACCUCUCACUUCUCAACCAGCAGCUUCCUAUUGAGAGUCAGUUUAUCAAGAAACUAGCUGACAAUCUGAACGCUGAGAUCGUGUUGGGUACGAUCAGGAACGCCAAGGAAGCGGUACACUGGUUAGGAUACACCUACCUCUACAUUCGUAUGUUAAGGAACCCCACCCUGUACGGUAUGACUGAGGAUGUUCUCAAAGACGACCCUACAUUGGAACAGCGUCGCGCUGAUCUGAUUCACACGGCUGCCGCUCUGCUGGACAAAAACAACCUUGUCAAGUACGACAGGAGAUCUGGUAACUUCAUGGUUACUGAUCUCGGCAGAAUAGCCAGUCAUUAUUAUAUAACCAACGACAGCAUUGCUACUUACAACAGUCUACUCAAAUCCACUCUCAGUCAAAUCGAGCUGUUCAGAGUUUUCUCCCUGAGCAGCGAGUUUAGACACAUUCAAGUGCGUGAGGAGGAGAAGUUAGAGCUAGCUAAACUCAUUGAAAGAGUUCCUAUUCCCAUCAAAGAAAGUAUCGAGGAGCCAAGUGGUAAAGUGAACGUGUUGCUACAAUCCCACAUCUCUCAAUUGAAACUAGAGGGCUUCUCCCUGGCCACGGACAUGGUCUACAUAACAAGCUCUGCUAACCGUCUCAUGAGAGCUAUCUACGAGAUAGUGCUGCACAGAGGGUGGGCGCAGCUCGCUGAACACGCUCUCAACCUCUGUAAGAUGGUAGAGAAGAGAAUGUGGCUGAGUAUGACUCCUCUCAGACAGUUCAAGAAACUGCCAGACGAAGUGGUGAAGAAGAUUGAGAAGAAGUAUUUCACUUUUUCCAGAUUUUACGAUCUGACACCAGCCGAGCUAGGCGAAUUGAUCAGGAUGCCAAAACUUGGCAACAACAUCCACAAGCUAGUCCACUUGUUUCCAAAGAUGGAGUUAUCAACUCACAUUCAACCAAUUACCAGGUCCACUCUCCGAGUCGAGCUAACUAUCACCCCUGACUUCCAGUGGGAGGAGAAGGUCCAUGGUAUGUCUGAAGCGUUCUGGAUUAUGGUAGAAGACUGUGAUAACGAGAUCAUCCUUCACAGCGAGUAUUUCCUGCUCAAAUCUAAGUACGUCGGAGAGGACCAUAUCGUGGAGUUCUUUGUGCCAGUUUUUGAACCCCUGCCCCCUCAUUAUUUCAUCAGAAUCGUGUCAGAUAAGUGGCUCCACGCAGAAACACAACUCCCUGUUUCCUUCAGACAUCUCAUCCUACCAGAGAAGAACCUUCCCCCCACAGAACUGCUAGAUCUUCAACCUCUCCCUGUGGGAGUUUUCAGAAAUCCAGAGUUUGAGAACCUUUACAAAGAUAGUUUCUCUUACCUCAACCCCAUUCAGACACAAGUAUUUAACUCCCUCUACAACACAGAUGAUAAUGCGUUUAUUGGCGCCCCCGUUGGAUCAGGCAAGACGUUAUGUGCAGAGAUCGCAAUCCUGCGUCUGUGCUCCAAUAAGGAGGAGCCACGGUGCGUGUAUGUCGCUCCUCUGCAGUAUAUAGUGGAUCAAGUGUACUCAGACUGGAGCCACAAGUUCGGAUCUCAGCUUGACAAGAAGGUGGUAGUCUUGACUGGGGAGACCAGUGUAGAUCUAAAGCUUUUAGCCAAGGGGAACAUUAUCCUAAGUACUGCUGAGAAGUGGGACAUUCUGUCUCGUCGUUGGAAGCAGAGGAAGAAUGUUCAGAAUGUGGACCUGUUCAUUGUUGACGAUGUUCAUCUGAUCGGAGGUGAUGUUGGUCCUGUGUUAGAAGUUGUUUGCACUAGGAUGAGGUAUAUGAGCGCUCAAAUUGAGAAGAAUAUCCGUAUUGUGGCAUUGUCAUCCUCCCUAGCUAAUGCUAAGGAUAUAGGAGAAUGGCUGGGUUGUCACACCAACUCUAUCUUCAACUUCCACCCCAACGUCCGGCCAGUUCCACUAGAGCUCCACAUUAACGGGUUCCAUAUCACACAUGCGCAGUCACGCCUGCUCUGCAUGAUGAAACCUGUCUACAACGCCAUCUGCAAACAUUCCCCCACCAAACCCGUCAUAGUCUACGUACCGUCCCGAAAACAAGCCCGUCUCACAGCUAUAGACGUACUUACUUUUGCAGCUGCAGAAGGAAGUCCCAAGAAGUUCCUGCACUGUUCAGAAGACGAUUUGAAGCCAUACCUGGACCAGCUUACUGAUAAGACUCUGUGCGAGACUCUGUCCCAUGGUGUAGCGUACGCGCACGAAGGUCUGCCCGAAACAGAGCGGAGUAUUGUGGACAAGUUGUUUGAUAUCGGAGCAGUUCAGGUGAUGGUGAGCACCAGACAGCUUGCCUGGGGUAGUCCCAUCUCCUCCCACCUGGUGGUCGUCAUGGAUACCCAAUACUACGACGGCAAAGAGCACCGUUAUGUGGAUUAUCCUAUAACUGACAUGUUACAAAUGGUGGGCCGCGCUAACAGACCUCUUCACGACCAGAACGGAGUAUGUGUGGUAAUGUGCCAGGGAUCCAAAAAGGAGUUCUUCAGGAAGUUCCUUUACGAACCUCUACCAGUUGAGUCACAUCUUGAUCACGUGUUACAUGAUCAUUUCAACGCGGAGGUGGUCACCAAGACGGUGGAGAACAAACAGGACGCUGUGGACUAUCUUACCUGGACCUUCUUGUACAGGAGACUUACUCAAAACCCUAAUUACUACAACUUACAGGGCUCCUCACAUCGCCACUUUUCGGAUCAUUUAUCUGAUCUAGUGGAGAACACACUCAAUGAUCUGGAACAGUCUAUGUGUCUGGCUAUCGAGGACGACAUGGACACUACACCACUCAAUCUGGGCAUGAUCGCUGCAUACUAUUACAUCAACUACACUACCAUCGAACUCUUCUCUCUUUCUCUCACUCCUAAAACUAAAAUGAAAGGUAUAAUAGAGAUAAUAUCAGCGGCAGCAGAAUACAGUUCCUUAUCAGUUCGUCAUCACGAGGAGAACAUUUUAAAACAACUGAGCAACAGAAUACCACAGAAACUUCCUGAGGGACACAAGUUCAAUGACCCUCACUGCAAAGCUAACCUGCUCCUUCAGUCUCACUUAUCUAGAAUCAUACUGCCUACUGAGUUACAGAGUGAUAAGGAUGAUAUCCUCAAACGAACUGUCCGACUCAUCCAGGCGUGUGUAGACGUAUUGUCAAGUAGCGGCUGGUUGGGACCAGCCCUGGCGGCCAUGGAGCUCUCACAGAUGUGCACUCAAGCCAUGUGGAAGAAGGACAGUUACCUCAAACAACUCCCUCAUUUCACUGACGAAAUGAUCAAACGGUGUGAAACUAAAGAAGUAGAGAGUGUGUUUGAUAUUAUGGAUCUGGAGGAUGAUGAGAGGAAUGAACUUCUUCAGCUACCUGAUAACAAGAUGCAGGAUCUAGCUCGGUACUGUAACCGCUACCCUAACAUUGAGUUAGUGUACAAGAUUCAAGACAAGGACAAUAUCAAGUCCGGUGGCCCGGUCACAGUAACAGUAGACCUAGAAAGAGAGGACGAAGUCGUUGGUCACGUGAUCGCUCCUUUCUUUCCAACAAAACGAGAGGAGGGCUGGUGGGUGGUAAUUGGAGACACCAAAACGAACACUUUGACCUCAAUUAAACGUAUCACGUUAUAUCAGAAGGCAAGUGUGAAGCUGGAGUUCAUGGCACCUGAACCAGGAUCACAUGACUACACGCUGUUCUUCAUGUGCGACUCGUAUAUGGGAUGUGAUCAGGAAUACGGGUUCAAGCUCGGUGUCAACGAGGGAGUCGAGUCUUCAGAGAGCAGCAGUGAGGGAGAUUGAGAGUUUCAGAGUUUUACUUUAUUUUAAUAUUCAGUGCUAAGUUAACUUUGAGCUUUUCUGACCGGCCGCUGUGACAUAAGUCCAAAUUUGAUGUUAAAGAUUCGAGUAAAACUCCCAGUAUUGAAAUGACGAAAUGCAAAAAUGGUGAUGAAAAUGAAAUGAGAGAUGUUUUCGUGCUUAUGAUAUUAUUUCUUAAUCAAUUACUAAUAAUCAUACGAAAUGACCGAGCCUACAUAUUGUACAAAUAAUGAUUACUUUGUUUGAACAUAUUUUACCUCUUUAUUUAAAUGUUA